AUCGCAAUCUAAAAAGAGUGGGAAGUUAUCAACUAAGUCUUGAACAAUGUUACUUGCAACAAACGUGUAAUCUCAUUUUUUUUCUCUUAAAAACUAAUUAAAAUAUUGUUAUCUUUAGUAUUUUAUUUGAUUGGAGAUCAUCUCUGUUAAUUUUUGAACUCCCAUGUUUGCUGUUGUUUAAUUAAAGAAAUAAAAGCUUUGUAUUUAUGCAAUAAUACAUGCUAAAGAAAAAAAACCGAAGUAACUUCCACACAACAUAAAAUAUAUUUACUGCAGUAUGUAUUGCUUCGUCCAAGAAUUUAUUAUCAUAUAACUACAUCACAUGAAUAUUUUCAGACCAAAAGCGUGUGUUUCAUGUUUUAUCAUCUUGUCAUGUUGAUGGGUGAUCUCGAUGGGUACAGAGCAGCGCUGAUAUUUUUAUCAUGUGUUUUGCUUAUUAUUUGUUUCCUUCCUGUCGUCCAUCGAAUAGCAGAAAAAUGCUUAGAAUUUUCCUUAAGCAACAAGCCGCUAUAUGAGGAGGUGGAAUCUAGCGAUGAAGACUCAUUGAAUGAAUUCUCUCUGUUGGACAAAAAACACAGAGAAGAAGAUGUGAAUGAAACAUCAGCUUUGUAUACAAAUUACUUUGAUCAUGUUGAAGAAAUCAGAAACAAUGUAGAUACGCUAAUCAUAAAAAGUGAUAUAAAUUCUAACCCUUCACUGCACACUGUUCCUAAAACUUAUCCAAGCUCUGCGGUGGAGAGUUGUCAUCAUGUAGAAUUAGAAACACAAAUGAAAUAUAUCGAAGAAGAAAAAGAAUUAGUCAUUUUAAUAAAAUGUAUUAACAACUUAUUAGCACGAGAAUAUGGUGGUCCGGAGAAAUUAAAAUUCAGUUUAAAACUAAAACAAUCAAAGAAUAAACGAAAAUACAAAAGAAAAUAUUGCACUGGCUAUUUUAAUAUUUCAAAUAACUUUGCUACAGAGUUACCGCCACCUAUCCGUUUUCCUAACGUCUCAUACACUGUGUUGUUGAACUGCACACUCAAGAUAAAAUUAUUUGGUUCCAGACACAACAUGUUAUCUAAAUCAGAGAAGCUGUUGGGUUGCAUACAUGCAUCUUUAGCUGGUUUAUUUACAGGAGUAGAGAAAGAGGUGGCAUUCACAAGAUUUUUUUUACCUUUAGGAAAAGAAAUAAGGUAGUAGUUAUACAA